CAAAAAGAAAACCUCUCUUUCUCUCAUUGAAAAGCUCCACAAAACAACAUUGAUCUUUGCACCUUCUUUUUUCUUUUAUUUUUCCUCUCUCUCUCUCUCUCUCUCUUCCUCUAUCUGGUACUUUCAUGGAGGUGUUCAAACUUUACUGUGUUUGCAUUUUCUUCUUUUUUGUGUUGGCCAAAGGCCUAUCUUCAUCUUCUUCUUCACCGGAUGUUGAGCUUCUGUUGGGAAAGAUUAAAGCUUCAUUGCAAGGUAACACUGAGAACUUGCUUUUAUCUUCAUGGAACUCUUCGGUUCCUCUUUGCCAGUGGAGAGGACUUAAAUGGGUCUUCUCCAAUGGGACUCCUCUUUCUUGCACUGACCUUUCUUCACCACAAUGGACUAACCUCUCUCUUUCCAAGGACCCAUCUUUACACCUUGUUUCACUUCAGCUCCCCUCUGCUAACCUUACUGGUUCUUUACCUAGAGAGCUUGGGGAGUUCUCUAUGCUUCAAAGUCUUUACCUUAACAUUAACUCACUGAGUGGGACUAUUCCACUUGAACUUGGUUACAGCUCUUCACUAUCCGAUAUUGAUUUGAGUGACAACUUGCUCACUGGGGUUUUAGCUCCUUCCAUCUGGAACUUGUGUGAGAGACUUGUUUCUCUUAAGCUUCAUGGUAAUUCACUAUCUGGGUCUCUCCCUGAACCUGCAUUACCAAACUCCACUUGUAAGAAUUUGCAGUCCCUUGAUUUAGGUAACAACAAAUUUUUAGGGGAUUUCCCAGAGUUUGUAACUAGGUUUCAAGCUCUUAAAGAGCUUGAUCUUUCGAGUAACUUGCUUUCAGGUCAAAUUCCACAGAGUUUGGCCACUUUAAACCUGGGAAAAUUAAACCUUUCCCACAAUAACUUCACUGGAAUGUUGCCUGUUUUUGGUGAAAGAAAGUUUGGCCCGGAGGCUUUCGAAGGGAACAAUCCAGGGCUAUGUGGGUUGCCUUUGAAUAGUUGUAGUGGCAGGUCACAGCUGAGUCCAGGUGCAAUUGCUGGCAUUGUGAUUGGUCUAAUGACUGGAGUGGUAGUUUUGGCAUCAUUGUUCAUUGGCUAUAUGCAAAACAGGAAGAGGAGCAGCAAUGGAGACAGUGAGGAGGAACUGGAAGAAGGAGAGGGGGAUGAAAACGGGGUCGGGGGAGUUGUCAGUGAGAGCAAGCUUAUUUUGUUCCAAGGCGGGGAGCAUUUGACAUUAGAGGAUGUACUGAAUGCAACUGGUCAAGUCAUGGAGAAGACAAAUUAUGGGACUGUUUAUAAGGCAAAGCUUGCUGAUGGUGGAAAUAUAGCAUUGAGGUUGUUGAGGGAAGGCAGUUGUAAGGACAGGAGUUCAUGUCUGCCUGUCAUAAAGCAGCUGGGGAAGGUUAGACAUGAGAAUUUGGUUCCACUGAGAGCAUUCUAUCAGGGGAAAAGAGGGGAGAAGCUUCUAAUUUAUGACUAUCUUCCAAAUAGAAGCCUACAUGACUUUUUACAUGAAUCAAGAGCAGGAAAGCCAGUUCUAAAUUGGGCUCGACGGCACAAAAUCGCAUUGGGGAUAGCCAAAGGAUUAGCACAUCUUCAUACAGGUCUCGAGAUGCCGAUCACCCAUGGGAAUGUUAGGUCCAAAAAUGUGCUUGUAGAUGACUUCUUUGUAGCCAGGCUCACCGAAUAUGGACUCGACAAGCUAAUGAUUCCGGCUGUGGCCGAUGAAAUGGUUGCCCUCGCAAAGACCGAAGGUUACAAAGCACCGGAACUUCAAAGCAUGAAGAAAUGCAACACCAGAACUGACGUUUAUGCAUUUGGGAUACUGUUAUUGGAGAUUUUGAUAGGCAAGAAGCCUGGGAAAAAUGCAAGAAGCAACGAUGUUGGGGAUUUGCCUUCGAUUGUGAAAGCAGCAGUUUUGGAAGAGACAACAAUGGAGGUUUUCGACGUAGAAGUGUUGAAAGGUAUCCGAAGUCCGAUGGAAGACGGGUUAGUUCAAGCACUAAAGCUUGCAAUGGGAUGUUGUGCUCCGGUAGCUUCAGUGAGACCCACCAUGGAUGAAGUUGUGAAGCAGCUGGAAGACAAUAGACCAAGGAACAGAUCCGCUUUAUAUAGCCCUUCAGAAACAAGGAGUGAAGUUGGCACCCCAUUUUGAGCUUUUGUUUGUCAAAGUUUUUUUAUUUUUCAUCAAAUUAUCACCUUUCAUUUGCCUUACUGCUAUUAAUAUCUGCUUGUCAAGUAGGAAAGAAGUGGUAGUGCUUGAUUUAUGACUUAAUGUUUCUUGAGAAAAAGGUUAUAUUUUUCUUGGGUGGAAAUUCAAAAAAUUUUACUAGGGUUUAUGUAA